GAAAUUUUAAAAUAAAGAAAUCUCUUCUCUAUGAUGUCCUACCUUAUGUCACACAAAUCAAAAAUCUUUCUAAGUCUUUCAAAAUUGGAGAGUGUCACGAAUUUCACAUAAUUCUAAAUGGAAUAUAUAUAAAGAGGAAUUUAAACAUGUUAAUCAUGGAACUCAUAUGGCUAGGUACUCGGGGAAUGUUAAAGAUUGUAGAUAUAAGAAGAGUGAUAAAAGUGGGCAUAAUACCUAAAAAAUUUCGUAGCUUUAGCAGUGCAGUAAGUGCCAAGGGUCAAGAACAAUGUAUCCUUGACUCGUGCAGUAUCAGCCCCAACUGUCAAGAGCCACGAGUUAUAAUUGUGGGUGCCGGUAUGGCAGGUCUUUCUGCUGCCCACCGAUUAACUCAGUGUGGGAUAAAGAAUUUUGUAGUGUUAGAAGCUAAAGAAAGACCUGGGGGACGAAUACACUCGUGUUGGCUUGGAGACGCGAUCAUCGAAAUGGGCGCAGAAUGGAUAUCUGGUGCCUGUCUACCUAAUUCCGUGUACACUUUGGCAUCGCAAGAUAGACUUCUACAGACACCUUUACCCCGUUUGGAUGCGUCGCGUGGUUUAUUUUGCACAAGUGAAGGACGCGCGGUUGAUCUCCCCGUUACAAUAACAGCAUAUCAUACCUUUCGACAAAUUGAACAACAGGCUGCAAAUUUGUUUAGACUAGGCGGAGAAAGAUUACAUGGAACUUUGUUGAAUUUUAUUGGUUUACGCAUACAACAAGAGUUGCACAACUUCCCAGAAGAUCAAAGAUACGACGCCGCGCGGGUGAUGUUUGGACUUACAAAUAUAUUGCGUAACAGGUGUGGUGAUGAUUUAUCACUCGUAAGUGCGGAUCAAUAUGGCAGUUAUAUAGAACUUCCAGGUGGAAGUGUACGUGUACCAUUGGGUUAUGUGGGGGUUAUGGCUCCAUUAUUGCGAGGAUUGCCAGAUAAUUGUAUAAGGUACAGCAAACCUGUAAAUGUUGUUCGUUGGGGUCCAGGGCAAGCAGGAGCUGGUCGUGUUCUCGUUAAAAGUUGUGACGGUGAAGAAAUGACUGCUGACUACGUCAUUUUAACCAUGUCAUUGGGAUGCCUUAAAUGUCAGGCAGAUAAAUUAUUUGCGCCACCACUUCCCGUUUGCAAAUUAGAUGCAAUUUGCAAUUUAGGUUUUGGAUUGAGCGAUAAAGUUUUUUUGGAAUAUGCCGAGCCAUUUUGGGUAUGUCAUGAGGGUAGCUUAAAAAUGGCUUGGUCGGCUGAAGAAUUACAAUGCAGAUGUGAUUGGACGAGAGGAGUGUGCUCAGUCGACGAAAUGCCAGGUAGCAAACACGUGUUAUGUGCUCAAAUUUCGGGCCAAGAAGCCGCAGUUAUGGAGUCUAUGGCGGAAAACGAUGUUGCUGAAGGGUUAACACAAUUACUUCGAAGAUUCACUGGUAAUCCAUGCCUCCCUUAUCCCCAAAUGAUGCUUCGAUCGCGUUGGGCAUCUGAUCCGCAUUUCUGUGGAUCGUACUCUUAUAUGAGUUGUUGUUCUACGGUAAGUCAUCAGUGCGAACUAGGUACGCCUGUCCCCGGCCCCUGCGACCCAAUGCCCCCCAUAUUAUUAUUCGCAGGCGAGGCUACAGUACCUGGAUAUUUUGCAACUGUGCACGGCGCACGAUUGAGUGGCAUCCGUGAGGCCGAACGCAUUGUAUUAUUGACUAAGAAGUUUGAAGGUCCGCCACGUUAGCAUGUACUUGUUAUGUCCGCUUUAUGUAAUCCUGUAAAUUAUGACGCGUAGAUCACACACCGUGAAAAAUAAGUUUUACUGUUUAUAUUUUAGAUUUUGUUUUUGACAUGGAUGAAUAAAAUUUUAAAUACU